GGUUUUGGUAGCUUAGCCCGAAUGUGCCUCCAAAUAUGUGACAAAUGUGAAGUUAACCACAUUUCGGACUCACUCUCUACUUCAAAUGCCAGUACCUGCAAACCAUGGCGGACUAUCAGUUUGUGUUGGACCUGAACAUCUCGGCCGAAGAGGACUGUUGCUGUUUCUGCUGCUCUUGUUGUUAUUGUAGCUAGCGCUAGCUUUAGCUAAUUGGCUAACACUGCUCGCUCUCAGCGUAACCGAUGUUGAUUCAUUGCUGCGGGCCAGUUAACUGCAACAACACGGUAACUCUGGAGCACGCUGCAGGCAUCAACAACACACCGUAGCAAUGUUUACGUUACGCUUCUUAACUUAUUAAGUAAUUGGCCUUAGCCAGUAUUUUUGGCAGGUUGUAGUGCACGAUAUGCUAACGUUAUUGGACAAGUACAUGUUUUAAAUCUAAGCUGCAUGAUUUAGAAGAAGACAUCGAUUAAAAUGAUAUUACAAGCUAAGGUCAGCUAACACACCUAACGCUGCCUGCAGCUACUGCUGUCUGCACGUUUUGAGAUGGAGCAGCAGAAAGCAGCCAGUGAGAUGGCUCUCGGUUUCGCCAGCACAUCUGUCUGAGUUGAAGCUCCUGUGAAAGAGAAAUCAUGUCGUGCAAAGCCGCAACUAAGGACAAGAAGUCGAGCUUCAGCAAGAAGCUGUUCAGACGAGGCUCUGUGCGCUCUGUUGGCAGUUUCAUGAGCAGAUUCCUGCGGACUCUGACGGCGUUAUCUCACUAUGGAUCUGAAGUGCAGUCAGAAGAUGAGAAAGAUGAUGGAGGGUUUUCCACUUUUAAAGCUGGAAGUAAAGAUGUGCCCAUGGAUGAUGGGGACCUCGCGGGUUUGUUGUCUGGAGAGAGAGUUCCUGGAGUGUCGGGUCUGAAAAACCACGGGAAUACCUGCUUCAUGAAUGCGAUCCUGCAGUGUCUCAGUAACACUGAACUCUUUGCUGAGUACCUCGUUUUGGAGCACUACAAAGGCGAUGAGCUGGAUGAGGACACACCAAAGACAAAUGGCAUACUUCUGCAGAAGAAGGGUCCUCUGGACAAAGGAGAAGUUACAGAGCAGCUGUCAGGACUCAUGCGGGCUUUGUGGACGUUUGAGUAUACCCCGCAGCAUAGCAGGGAUUUUAAGAAUGCUGUGUCGAAAAAUGCCACCCAGUUUAAAGGGAACGCUCAGCACGAUGCUCAGGAGUUCCUGCUGUGGCUGCUGGACAGAGUACACGAGGACCUCAACACCGUUAACCCCAACAUCAGGCCUGCUAUAAAGCCACCUAUUGAAGAAGACGAUCAAAGCUUAGAGGGGCCCUCUCCUCCCCUCUCUGCUGGCUCGUUUGUACAAGAACUGUUUCAGGCUCAGUACAGGUCUUCUCUUACUUGCCCACAUUGCCAAAAGCAGAGCAAUACGUUUGAUCCCUUCCUCUGCAUCUCCUUACCGAUCCCACUGCCACACACACGGCCCCUGUACGUGACGGUGGUGUACCAGGGGAAGUACUCGCACUGCAUGAGGAUCGGAGUUGCUGUUCCCCUCAACAGCACCGUCUACCGCCUCAGAGAUGCCGUGUCACGGGAGACCAAGAUCCCGAUGGACCAGUUUGUUCUGACUGAAAUGUACUACGACGGCUUUCAUCGUUCAUUUUGUGACGACGACGACGAUCUUGAACUCAUUCAAGAGAGUGAUUCCAUAUUUGCCUUUGAGACGCCGGAGACGUUCAAACUGGAAAACAUACGCACAAAGAGAGGAAGUCUUCUGGCAAACCUGAAUCAUAACAACUUGAAGUAUGGGACAGAAAUGAGCAGGACUUCCUCGUUCAUGCAAGGAGCCGUGACCCCUUUAACGGCUUCACCCAAUAAAAACCUGGGGCCGGAAAAGAUGAUCCUUCUGGUGUGCAACAGGGCGUGUACCGGCCACCAGGGAAAGAGGUUCGGACUGCCUUUUGUCCUGUACAUGGAGCGCACUGUGACCUGGGACACUCUACAGAAGGAGAUCCUGGAGAAAAUGCGUCAUCUGUUGAGGCCAGGGGUCUUCAUUCAGGUCGGACCUUUCAGCCUUCGGGUGGUCGGCGUUGUUGGUAUCACCUACCUCCUUCCUCAAGAUGAGCGACCGCUGUGUCACCCAACUGUGGAAAGAGCCUACAAGUCCUGUGGGCAAGGCGGGCCCCCACAUGUGAAGAUUGUGGUCGAGUGGGACAAGGAGACCAAGGACUAUCUGUUUGGACACACUGAGGAGGAGUACAUUCCUGAUGCUGAGAGUGUGUAUCUGCACAGGGAGCAACAUCAUCAGCCGCAGGCCUGCACCCUCGCUCAGUGCUUUCAGCUCUACACCAAGGAGGAGGAGCUGGCCCCAGACGAUGCCUGGCGCUGUCCCCACUGCAAGCAGCUGCAGCAGGGCCGCAUUAAGCUCAGCCUGUGGACGCUGCCAGAUGUGCUCAUCCUGCAUCUCAAGAGGUUCAGACAGGAGGGGGACCGGAGGGUGAAGAUGCAGAACAUGGUGAGGUUCCCGCUGAUGGGCAUGGACAUGGCGCCUCAUGUGGUGAAGAGAAGCCAGAGCAGCUGGAGUUUACCUUCCCAUUGGUCGCCAUGGAGACGCCCGUACGGCCUGGGGAGAAACCCCGACGACUACCUGUACGACCUGUACGCUGUGUGCAACCACCACGGGAACAUGCAUGGAGGCCACUACACAGCGUACUGCAAGAACUCCAUUGACGGUCAAUGGUACUGCUUUGAUGACAGUGAGGUUACACCAGUGGCUGACGACGACGUGUGUCAGCAGACGGCCUACAUCCUGUUCUACCAGCGGAGGACCGUUAUUCCCUCCUGGUCGGCAAACAGCUCUGUGGCAGGUUCCACCAGCUCAUCCCUGUGUGACCACUGGAUCAACAGGUUACCUGGCAGUAGACCUGCCAGCCUGGCCUCGGGAGCCUCCUCCAGACGCACCUCUCUGGCAUCACUGGCUGAGUCCGUGGAGUUUCCAGUAGAACGAAAUGAAGAUGACGGAGGAUUCUCUGUCCGCCCUUUUGUGAGAAGCAUUCAGCGUCAGAGCGUGUCCUCCAGGUCGUCCGUCGCCAGCCCUUUAGCCUUCAGCGACGGCGGGAUAAAGCCUUCCUGGUCUCUCUCCGCAAAGCUGCACAUGAGAUCCAACUCGCCCUCACGCUUCUCUCUCGACUCUCGAUGUUCUCCUCCGCUCGAGAGGAUCGGAGAGGCCUGUGAUGACAAAGUCUCAACGUCCUGUUUUGGCAGCUACAGCAGACACGAACGCUACUUUGGCAGCAGGACUCCCCUGUCCAUGAUGGAGAGCAACUUCAGUGACCAGGACAACAACAAAAGGUUCCUCGACAUGAUGUACUGCAGGGCUCCCACGCCAGUGGAAAAGAAGAGCGCCAAACACGAGACAACUGAAAACAACAACCAGAUUACAGCUAUCGACCAAAACAUUCUUCCCGCUCAAGCUACUCCCUCCAAAGAACAGAAGCGUAAGAGCAGUAUCGGGGGAUUUGCCUCAAAGGCAGAAAGCACAGGAUCCGCAAAGAACUCCAGCAAAGUGGAGCAAGAGAAAACCUCCAAGAAGCGUUUGUGCUCAACCCAUAAGACCUCCGCUGCUGAGACGUCCUCCAACACUCCUGUGAAAGGCAAAAAGGCGAGCAAUACUAAAGAGAAGGGUGUAAGUACCAAGAAAAACACCGCUACGCCCUGUGGAACUCCCUCCAAAACGAAGGAGGCCACUCAACCUCUAGAUGCAACGCCACAGCGUAAGCCGUUCGUGCGCUCCACACCUCAGUCCUCCGCUUCUCCCUCGCCAACUGCAAAGAAGAGCUCCACUGCCACCGAGAAAAACGCGAGUAGCCGGAAACGUCUGGUAGAAAGGAGCUUCAGCAGAGAUUCUAUGCACACUAGUCCCCUGGUGGACACUCUGCGAGGCAGCUUGGUGGCCCGCUCCUCGCUGUCUAAGAGCGGGGAAAGCUACCGGCCCGAGAGGAGAUCUGUGAGGAGCUCCAGCAGCAGCUCUUCUGUCACCAGCCUGCGCUCACCCAGCAUAUCCACCAGAGACCUGCAGCGCAGCAGCAAGUCUGAGGAGAAAGGCUUGUCUUUCUUCAAGAGCGCCCUCCGACAACGGGAAAGCCGCCGGUCGGCUGAUUUAGGGAAAAGCACCCUGCUUGCUAAAAAGGCCUCAGAGAGGACGUGCAAGCAGAACGGACAAGCCAAGGACAUCGGUGGUGAUGCUGGGAAGACGGGAGACGCUGCAUCUUCACAGACGUCUGCAGAGAAUCACGGAGGUGAGUCAAAGUCAGAGACAAAGGAGUCUUCCAAGCCCCCCAGCUCUCUCAGUCGCACUCUAUUAAAUGUUGGCAAGUCCAAGUCUUCCACUUCUGAAGUAAGUCUCAAGUCUCCUUCUAACGGGAAGAAGCCUCUUGAAAGGAUGACAUCUUCCCGAAAGCUGUCGUCAAGCAUGCAAUCUCCUGCACGUGCAACAAAGAGGCCUCAAUGACACACGUCGUCACGUUGAACCCACAUAAUGCAGCUAUUUUCUUUGUGCCUAAGUUUCAGCGAGCACCACGUGUAUUUGUAAAGAGACACAUCUUUGAUGUUACGCUUUUGCUCGCUGGCAUCGGAUCAUUAACGCUGGCUUUGAGGUUGGAGUAUUGGCAGCCAGCGUCUGAGUAUUUGUAGCCGCUCUGUACGUCCUCUAGAUAUUCGGGUGCCAAACAGCUGCUUGGCGCGUCACCAGCUCUACUUUGUAAAGCUGUGUGUUUAUCAAUUACUGCUUUUUCAGCAUUAGGUUUAGUGUUCGACGCAAGUGAGACAAUCGCUCGACACGUUCUGGCGUGGAAGGUGCAUGAGCACGCCACGUGCUUUCAGCUGUGCAGCACAACCAGUGUGAUUGUGUCUCCUUGAGGCUUAUAUGACAGCUGACAGAAUUCCCUGUUGGAAUCUUGAAAUCCAAUUAUCUUUCCUUCAGACAAGAGGGGUCCUGUUAUCUGUUCGAGACGCUGCAAACAUUAAGUGUAGCCCGCUCGCCAAAUAUCCCGCUGACGCAAACCAGAUUUAAAAAGCAGCAGCUUGUGCAUUAAGAGAAAUGAACGGAGGAAGAAGCAUUUUCACCGCGUAGACGCCGACGUCGCGCCAUGUGUCUCGUAGAAGAGCGUUCUUUAGAUUAAGAUGGAGAUAAGGUGGCUGGUGAUGCUUAAACCUCACUGCUGCUCUCUGAGCAUCUGACAACAGAAGCGUGACAUCAGAAAUAUUCUCUGGACAAAUACUGAGUCGAGGCUCACACACACACACACACACACGCACACACACACACACACACACAAAAGAGUUUCAUUCCGAAAUAAUAGGGGCUAAGCCUUCGCAGUAGUUCUCAUUGAUUGUUUUAAGCCGAUCAAAUUGACCAUUGAUGAGUAAAACCUGCAAUCUGCUUCUCAAACACGUUCUCCGCCUCACGCGUUGAAGAUAAGGCCUCAGCAGACGACAUGUGACCACGCGUCACGUGUCGGAGAUUAACACGUAGCUGAGACGAUCUCACACUCCCUGUUUAUGAACAUUAGAAGACGAAUAUAGAAACACUGAGGUGAUUUGAGAGGGUUGGAAUCGGUACAACCAAUAUUUUAAAACUUUAUUUUUUACUCGUGCUUCUUCCGAUAGAAGUGUAUUUUAUCAAGCGUGCUGAAGUUAAGGGUGUGCUUUUGGAAUGAAACCCUUUAAAAUCAAAGUAUAUAAAUGUACAGAUAUUGACAAAGUAUAAAACUCAUUUCUUCCCUUUCCAUGAGCAAGAUAAAAAAUGAUCUCAAGCGCCUUUUCAAUACAAUGGUAACAAAUAAUUGCCUUUGUCAACAUAGUAGUCUCCUACUGUAUGCAUCUCUGAGUAGGAACGCUGUAAUGUUCGCACUUUGUAUAGAAGAAGUAGUUUUCUUUUACUCGGAACAGUCACACACACACACACACACACACACACACACACACACACGUGUAAUUAUCACAUGUUUUUUAAUAUGUUGUCAUGAUUCCAAGUCGAGUCCCCAGACUUGAAAUGGUAAAAGGGGUUCAUUCAUCUCACUGUAACACCUGGUGCUGGAACAGACCCCUUUCUUACACGCUGAUGUUCAGAACUGUGACUUCUUCAGUGGCCUGUUGGCAGCACUUCUCACGACCCGGGGAACCUCAUCGGAGAACGUCGGGCUGAGCCAGAAUACUGAUAAUGAGCCAUUUGAUCAAUCGAAGCAUUUACAUUGUUAAAACUUGCUCUGGACGCUCGGACGCUGCAUGGCAUACUCUCUUUGCAGAAGCAGGAUGUUGAACAAUCCACAUUAUUGUAGAAUUGUCCCACAUGCAAUAUUCACACAUUUACAUACCAGCAUAGUGUAUGUUUUUAAUGAACGUGGUUAUGCCAUUUAAAAUCCAACCGUUAGUAAGUUUAUACUUUCUUUGACUUGUAGAUCUGCAUAUUUCUCUCUGCUGUUUCUCUGUAGCAUCUUCCAGGUUUACAUCGGUUCUCAGAUGGUUUCAGAGGAAACGCCGCUCGCUGUAAACACGCAGGUGUGUUAUUUAAAUGGCCUUAAAGGCGCCUGGCCGUCGAUCUGUGGCGUUGUUACUUGCAGCUGUUAGACGAUACAGUUGCGUCACCUUGACUUCUGCAAAAGUUGGAUCGCAAGUGCUACCAACUCUAUCUAACGGAAAGAUUCACAGAUACAAAUGCUAUAAAAUGACAGUUUAACCACAAUUAUAGCCCAUCUUUAUUUAAGUUUAAUCUGCUGAGAAUACUAACAUGGCCAUAGAAACACAUGGCAAAUAAAACAUGUGUUUGGGAGCCUUUUUAAAUGUCCCACCAUUAUUAUAUAUAAUGAAGUGUUCAAACUGUCCCGGGCCGGAGAAAUAACACACCGCUGUUUGAAUGUGGUGGGUUUCCUGUAGCUGCUCUUUUCUACCUAACAUAGUGAUCUAUCAGGAACCUGUGCGUGGCACUUUGGAUCAAAGCAGGACACUUUAAUGUCAUUCUGGCUUUCACCGUCUUGUUUGCCUGUUUUUAAAGUCUGUGAUUAAGUUGUGCAUGUUAGAGCUGGGUCAUGCGUCACACUUACUGUAAACUGCAUUAGGACUGUUUUCAUUUGGAGACGAGGAGAUGGAGUCGCUCUUACUGUAUAUUGCUUAUGAUACUUAAAUAGGGGUCCGACAAAACAUUUUAUAACAGAAUUAGUUUUUAUGUACAGAAGUUAAAUCUGAAAGCUGCAGUGUGUUUCCCUUUUGUUUUCAUCCCGAGUCCUGUGUAGCGUCACAGGACCCUGCUGUCAUUUAGUGACAAACUUCGCUUCCAAUCAUAAAAAAUGUAGUUUUUUAACGCCUAAUGGGAGAGCAAUAAUCCAAGAAUCACCUCAUUAAUCAAUUCGACUAAGAAAGAGUUUGAUUUACCAAAAAGUGCAACAUGGCUGACUCUUGACAGCUCAAAGAGCCAUUGAAGACCAGAGAGGUACUGUACUCCAUACGAGAAAAAAUAUAAUAUAUAUAAAAUAAAGGAGAUAAAAUAUUAUAUAUAUACACUUUUUUUUUUUAUAUAUCUUUUUUUUAAUAAAUAAAUAUAUAUUUUUCUUUAAAUAUUUAUAUAUAAAUAUAAAUAAUAAUUAAUAAAUAAAUAUAUAUAUAUUAUAAUAAUAAUAAAAAAUAUAUAUAUUUCUCAUAUUGAGUACAGUACUUGUCUGGUAAUAAUAAUUAUCCAAUUAAUGUCAACAAUCAAUGUAAAAUGUUAGAAAAUGAAUGGACAUCUUUACAGAAUAGAUUUCCUUCACUGCAGUUUUUUAAAGAGUUGUCGAUGUACAGAACUGAGAAGGAUUAAGGAAUGCAGUAUUGCAUGAAAACGCUAACGCAUGUAUUUCAUUAACUAUGCAAGAGUCCGUGUAAAGUAGGAAGCGGAGCAUGGCUGGUAUUUUCCAUUGCUUAAUUUGCACACCAUUCCAAUAUUUAGAAAUUGUAAAUUUUACAGAACAUUUAAUCUGUACAGUUCAAAAAGAUUCAAAGUAAAAAAUAUGUAUUUAAUGCCAUAAUUUCUUUAAGCAUUCUACCGUUUAAUGUUUAUAUAUUUCUACUUUAUUUUGUAAUUCUGCUGAUCUGUGCUCACUGGGUGCUCGUCCCAACCUUUUUAUUUAGUUUGAAUAUUUACUGUUGUGCACCAGCAGACAACACUACGGACGUGAUGAUCUCUCUGUGGUUAUUAAACGGCCUCAUGUUUGUGUGUAUUGUGAAAAAGCCUUCCAUUGAUACAGUUUGUUCUCCGCUGCAUCAAAGAUGUAGCCAGUCUAAUAGAAAUGCAACUCAAAUAAAUAUAUAUAUCUAUAUAUAGAUAUAUAUCUAUAGAUAUAUAUGUAUAUAUAGAUAUAUAUGUAUAUAUAGCUAAAUGCAAUAAAGAUAGUACAUUUGUAGUUUUAUAUUGCAGUAUGUGAUGAAACAUCUUAAGUUAAUACUUUUUGUAGUAUUAAUGCCACGUCAAUCAUUGCAAUCAUUACUUUUUAUUAUUUUUGUAAUAGAAAGUUUAUCAGCAAACAAACGUGCUUUAAAGCAGCACCACUGUUUCUUUUCUGAAGUUGGUAUCGCUCGUUAAAAUGCAUAAAACGGACGUUAACUAGGGUUAGAGAUAGAAAGUUAUUGUUGUUUAAUUUUCGUUGUUAACAGAGUUGCAAAACGUCCCAGUAUUUCGAGGUGAAAGCGUUAAUAAACGACUUUAUCUGCAACACGUUUGUGUAAUUCUACCACUGAAUCAAAGUUGCAAUAACCACUGAAAUACCAAAAUCCUACAUUUGAGCCACAGACUUCAGAUUCUGUAAAUACUGUCGUAUUACAGCAAUACAGCUGCGUGUUGUCCUUCAACGCUAAAGGACUCCCAAUAAGUAACAUUGUGAGUUCUGGGGUAAAUGUUUCCACAUGUAAACAAACGUAAUGAUACUGAAACCGUUUCAGAAGCCUUAAGCAAAAUGAAUUCUAAUAGUUUGUAUUCUUUGGUUGAAACCAAGGAGCUGUGUAAAGAAUGAAUGUCAUGAGUGUCAUUGUAAUGUUUUUUAAGCUAACACUAGUGCUGAAGGCAGCGCACGUCUGUCUUUUACUUUUCAAUGUUUCAUUCAUAAAAGGUUUUUGUAAAGUACUUAUUGUUUGACUGUGUUCCUCGUUGUUCCAUCUGUUCCAGCAUUCGCUUCUUAAGUUUUCUAUUUUUUUUUAAGAGUUGUGCAAAGUGUUUUGACAUUCAAAGUCUUCUAUGUUAAUUUAUUUAUCUUUUGUUAUCAUGUAAGCACUUUUAAUGUUUGUUUUAUUUCUCCAAAAGGACGAAUGUGUAUAUACUUUGUUGCAAGUACAAAAUUAAAAAACCUGAUUAAAAAUGUUAAAAGUUG